AUGGCUGAAAAUAUUGAGGACAAAGUCAAUAACCUUGAUGUGCGACCCAAGAACAGUCGCAGUCGAAGUGCAGACAGAAAGGACGGCUAUGUAUGGAGUGGGAAGAAGCUCUCCUGGUCAAAUAAGAGUGGACACUCAUUAGAUACAGACACUGAGAUUGUUAAUGACAAAAAAGAUGGGUCUGCUAGGAGCCAAGAACGGAAAUACAGCUGUUCCUCUAUUGAACUAGAUCUGGAUCGCUCUUGUGGACAUAAGUUAUUAGGCCGGUCAUUAAAGCAGAAACUGCAGGAUGCUGUAGGACAGUGUUUUCCCAUAAAGGCUUGUAGCAGCCGUUACUCAUCUUCUUUGUCUUCCAAGAGGAAAAUUCAUAUCAGUGAACUGAUGCUGGACAAGUGUCCCUUCCCUCCAAAAUCCGAUCUGGCUUACAGGUGGCAUUUAAUUAAAAGACACACAGCUCCAGUAAAUCAGUCACAAGAGGAGUGGGUGACUGGUGACCUUCCUCAGAUCGAUGGCAAGGAGAUGCAAAUCGGGGAGAGUGCCACAGAUGAAAGAGGGGACACAUUGUCAGUUGGGCAUGCUUCCAUGUGUGAAGUCAAUGUAGAUGUUGUAGAAUCUGUAACAACAAGAGCCACGAGAAUCAUUAAAGAGGGUAGUGAUGUUGAGUCAGAUGAUGAGGUUGUUACUCUUUGCACAAGUUCUAGAAAGAGAAACAAACCAAAAUGGGAACCAGAUGAUGAGCCUUUUCAUGCCGAAACACCCCCUAAAUAUCAUACUCAGAUCGAUUAUGUGCACUGCCUUGUUCCAGACCUCCUUCAGAUCAAUAAUAAUCCAUGUUACUGGGGGGUAAUGGAUCGGUAUGCUGCAGAGGCCCUCUUAGAAGGAAAGCCAGAGGGCACAUUUUUACUGCGGGACUCUGCUCAAGAAGAUUACUUGUUUUCCGUUAGUUUCAGACGUUACAGUCGCUCCCUACAUGCUCGGAUUGAACAGUGGAACCAUAACUUUAGCUUUGAUGCCCACGAUCCAUGUGUUUUUCACGCUCCCAAUGUUACAGGCUUGCUGGAACAUUACAAAGACCCCAGUUCGUGCAUGUUUUUUGAACCCCUUUUAUCGAGCCCUUUAAACAGAACUUUCACCUUUUCACUGCAGCAUAUAUGCAGGACUGUUAUUUGUAACUGUACUAGUUAUGAUGGAAUAGACGCACUGCCCGUGCCAUCAUCCAUGAAACUGUAUUUGAAAGAAUAUCAUUAUAAAUCAAAAGUGCGAGUCCGUAGGGUUGAUGUACCGGAACAUCAGAAGUGA